UGAUUUGCAACCAGUGAGAAAUGGUCGAAGUUGUAAACAUAAAUGUAUACACAAAAUGCGCCGAAAUACACUGCGACGCAUCAGUAGAAGCGAAGUUUUUAAUAAAAUGCACUUGUGGCAUCUCUUUAAUGGAUUACGUUGCAUUCCAGCAUCACUUUAGCAGUGACCAUUUGCAGCCAGAGUCCAAUAUCGAAAAAGAUAAGAUGCUAAAAAAACGAAUAUUAAGACAUAAAGCAAACGAUUCGACGGCGCCCAUCGACUGUUUAAAUGAGCCUGUCGUUGAGCUGCCGUCGAUCAUAGAAACGUCAACAAUCAUAGAAAGUGGAUAUGAUGCUCUUACGCUUGUUGAGUCCAACUGCAAUGAAGAAUCGCCGAAACAGCCUGAUCGUCGUCCUUAUAAUCCACGCAAUAGACCAAAAACGUGUGCGUAUUGUGGACGGAUAUUUCGACGCCGCUAUCUGCUAGACACACAUCUGAAUAUCCAUACUGGCAGCAAGCCCCAUCAAUGCGACAUGUGUGGCAAACAGUUUCGAGCCGUAUCCACUCUAACGCGUCACUUGCGCACCCAUGAGAAGCGUAUGGAUCUCCAAUGCCAGUAUUGCGAAAAGCUGUUUACCCAUCGUAGUGCACUGCUCAGCCACCAGCUGCGGCACACACAAGUACGCCGUUGGGCUUGCGCCAGCUGCGACAAGAGCUUCUAUACCCGUAAUCAAAUGGACACCCAUAAGAGGAAGAUGCAUGUAAAUGUCAGUAAACAGAAGUCGCAGGACCCCACAGACAACGUUGAGCUAAGCCCAUCCCUAUUGCCAUUUGCCUGUGAUCUGUGCAGCAACAGUUAUCGAAGUGCCUCCACGCUGAGCACCCACAAACUUAAGAAACAUUAUCGUUUAGCUAAAUACAGCUGCGAGCAGUGCGAUAAAAAGUUUGUGGAUGCCUAUCACCUGCAGCAGCACCAGUUUAUACACGUGAAACCCGAAAUUAUAAUAAUUUAAUAAAUUUAUAU